UAUAAUGGGAGCGCAAGCAACCCAGAGCUCCUCAUAGGGGGCUGCAUAUCGCUGCUGUAUCCUCUGCUUGGCGCUCUCUAGCCCCUUUUCCAACCCUCUCCAGUACCUCACCUAUAGCCCAUGCUCGGGCUCCCCCCUCCCCACUGGAUCCGUACCCUUCGACAUGGAUGUCCCGCCGUCCCUCGACCCCGCGGAUUGCUGUUUCUUGGCGCAGUGAAGGAGGAGAAGGAGAACGGGAAGGGAAAGGAAUCAUGCCGGGACUGCUAAUGGAUUUAGGGAAAGCGCAAGUGACCAUGCCGUGAUCUUGCGCAUCCAGGGCCGCCGUCACCCUGCCUUGCCCAACAACCGUAGAAGAAUUACGGGGGAAUCGAACCCACGCACCGGGGGGAUUAACCACUGUGCAUUUUUUUAAAAACAACAUGAAGAUUACCUCCCAUCAUCUGAUGAUAACCAGUCUCGUUUUCAGGUCCAACCUCAGGCUGAUCCCGCUGAUUCUGCUGCUGUUUCUUGGUUACUCUCGCGGGAUGCCACACGUUUUAAGAUUUGGAGGAAUAUUUGAAUCCAUUGAGAGUGGCCCCUCCGGAGCAGAGGAACUAGCUUUUAAAUUUGCCUUGAACACAAUCAACAGGAACCGCACGUUGCUCCCCAACACCACCCUGACCUAUGACAUCCAGAGAAUAAACAUCUUUGACAGCUUUGAGGCCUCCCGGAAAGCAUGUGACCAGCUUUCCCUCGGAGUGGCGGCCAUCUUUGGCCCCUCACACAGCUCGUCGGCUAAUGCGGUCCAGUCUAUCUGCAACGCUUUGGGAGUGCCCCACAUCCAGACCAAGUGGAAGCACCAAGUGUCAGACAACAGGGAUUCGUACUAUGUCAGUCUGUACCCCGACUUCUCCUCCCUCAGCAGAGCUAUCCUUGACCUGGUGCACUUCUUCAAGUGGAAAACAGUCACUGUGGUCUAUGACGACAGCACAGGUACAGGCCUCAUCCGACUGCAGGAGUUGAUCAAGGCCCCGUCACGAUACAACAUUCGUUUGAAGAUCCGACAGCUGCCCACAGAGACCAAGGACGCCAAGCCACUUCUGAAGGAGAUGAAGAAGGCGAAGGAGUUCCACGUCAUCUUUGAUUGCGGGCACGAGAUGGCUGCGUGGAUCCUGAAGCAGGCCCUGGCCAUGGGUAUGAUGACCGAGUACUACCAUUAUAUUUUUACCACCCUGGACCUUUUCGCUCUCGACAUGGAACCGUAUCGCUACAGCGGAGUGAACAUGACCGGGUUCCGCAUCCUCAACACAGAAAACUCUCAGGUGUCGUCGAUCAUCGAGAAGUGGUCAAUGGAGCGGCUACAAGCCCCGCCCAAACCGGACUCAGGCCUGCUGGACGGAUUCAUGACGACGGACGCGGCGCUGAUGUACGACGCCGUGCAUGUGGUGGCGGUGGCGGUGCAGCAGUCUCAGCAGAUCACAGUCAGCUCUCUGCAGUGUAAUCGCCACAAGCCGUGGCGCUUUGGAGGCCGUUUCAUCAACCUUAUCAAAGAGGCUCACUGGGACGGUUUGACAGGACGCGUUCUCUUUAACAAGACCAAUGGACUGAGAACAGAUUUCGACCUGGAUGUCAUCAGUCUGAAAGAGGAAGGGCUGGAGAAGAUCGGGACGUGGGACCCUCCCAGCGGCCUGAAUAUGACAGAAACUCACAAAAGCAAGACGUCCAACAUCACAGACUCUCUGGCUAACAAAUCCCUGCGUGUGUCCACCAUACUGGAGGAGCCGUAUGUGAUGUUUAAGAAGUCGGACAAGCCCCUGUAUGGGAACGACCGCUUCGAGGGCUACUGCAUCGACCUGCUGAGGGAGCUCUCUGGCAUCCUGGGCUUCCGCUACGAGGUGCGGUUAGUGGAAGACGGGAGAUACGGCGCCCUGGACGAAGGCACGGGCCAGUGGAACGGCAUGGUGCGGGAGCUCAUGGACCACAAAGCGGACCUCGCAGUGGCUCCCCUGGCCAUCACCUACGUCAGAGAGAAAGUCAUCGACUUCUCCAAGCCCUACAUGACGUUGGGGAUAAGUAUCCUGUACCGCAAGCCCAACGGCACUAACCCAGGGGUCUUCUCCUUCCUCAACCCCCUCUCGCCCGAUAUCUGGAUGUAUAUUCUGCUGGCUUGCUUGGGUGUCAGUUGUGUGCUGUUUGUCAUAGCCAGGUUUAGCCCCUACGAGUGGUACAACCCGCAUCCGUGCAACCCCGACUCGGACGUAGUGGAAAACAAUUUUACGCUGCUCAAUAGUUUCUGGUUUGGAGUUGGGGCUCUCAUGCAGCAAGGCUCAGAGCUCAUGCCCAAGGCCCUGUCGACUCGAAUAGUGGGAGGCAUCUGGUGGUUCUUCACCCUCAUCAUCAUUUCCUCGUACACGGCCAACUUGGCUGCGUUCCUCACCGUCGAGAGGAUGGAGUCGCCCAUAGACUCGGCCGACGACCUGGCCAAGCAAACUAAAAUCCUGUACGGGGUGGUGGAGGACGGUGCCACCAUGACGUUCUUUAAGAAGACCAAAAUCUCCACCUAUGACAAGAUGUGGGAGUUCAUGAACAGCCGGAGGCAAUCUGUGAUGGUCAAGAAUGUGGAGGAGGGCAUCCAGCGCGUCCUGACCUCGGACUACGCCUUCCUCAUGGAGUCCACCACCAUCGAGUUUGUCACCCAGCGCAACUGCAACCUCACGCAGAUCGGCGGCCUCAUAGACUCCAAAGCCUACGGAGUGGGAACGCCUAUGGGCUCUCCGUACAGAGACAAGAUCACGAUAGCCAUUCUGCAGCUGCAGGAGGAAGGGAAGCUGCACAUGAUGAAGGAGAAGUGGUGGAGGGGCAACGGCUGUCCCGAGGAGGAGAGCAAGGAGGCCAGCGCCCUGGGAGUGCAGAACAUCGGAGGGAUCUUCAUCGUGCUGGCCGCCGGACUGGUGCUGUCGGUGUUUGUGGCCGUGGGGGAAGUCCUUUACAAGUCUAAACAAAACGCCCAGCUGGAAAAGCGAUCCUUCUGCAGUGCCAUGAUGGACGAGCUGCGCGUGUCGCUGAAAUGCCAGCGGCGUCUCAAGCAAAAGCCUCAGCCGCCCGUCAUCGUUAAGACCGAGGAGGUCAUUAACAUGCACACGUUUAACGACAGGAGACUCCCGGGAAAGGAAACCAUGGCAUGAACACUGAAAACACCCUGAGCGUACCUCUCAAUAAAAUCCGCAGAGGGGAGGCCGGGUCAACCUUAUGCUGACUUAACUACGGACUGAGGUUAGCAGUAAAAAAAAAAGAAAGAAAAAGAAAAAAAAAACAGGACUCCUUUUGAACCCACUUGCUUAUGUAGACAGAUGUUUCCUGUGGAAAUAUAGAUACCUGAGCAAUGUCACCUCACUGUGACAUUCACUUUUUGAUGGGAGCUGGAAACGUAGGACUCACAGGUUGGUAAAAAUAUGUAAAUUGAGGAAAGAUCCGAGCAGGUUUGUGAUAAAACAUUUAAACACACACACAGUUAAUACAUGUAUACACACACAUACACACACGCUCUCUUAUCUGACACUUGUGCAGAAGGAGGGAAAAAAAAAAUCUAUUGUGACAGUAACACCAGAUGUAGUUUUUCUGUUGAUGUCAAUGCCCUUUUGUCUUACCUCCAUGUGUGUGUGACCCGAUCGGUCCCUCCCUUCAGUGGCUUGAGUUUUCUCUCUCAGUUAAUUUGAACAAACACUAAUCUUACACCAACAAAGGGAACAGUAGUCAGUGCCAAACGGUUUAUUAUGAACUGAUGUAUAAAAGUGAUAUUUAGUUUGGAAUCAUCUAUGCUGACCAUGUCGAAUACUCAUCGUUUUCUUCUGUAGCGCCUUCCUCAUGCCAAAGUUCUGCCAUUGUAAAGAACUUUCUGCCAUGCCUGUUCCGUUCAAAGCCUCUACAAGCAAUGUAUACUGUCAAAGUCUCUUCUCCAUGUCCAAUACACACAGUCGGCAGUUUUCACUCUGUAUCAGUUGUUGUAAAAUGCAGGAUUUCUACAAAAAUGUUUGUUUUUGUACAAGAACAAGAAGUUUUGUAGUACUUUGUAUCAUGGUAGCCCCCUCCCAUGGACGAAAUAUGUAGCAGAUACCAACUUUCAGCCCUGAGACUCUGACACCUGGCGGCUACGGGGGCUUCAAACACUGCUGUGUAGGGUUCAUUUCUCUCAUCGUUCAAGAGAUUCAGUCUUUUUGUGUGUCCGGUCUCACUGACUGAGCCAGCUGUACGUGCCAUCUGGGGACAAUAUAGUGGAUUUUUUAUUUUUAUUUUUUUUGUGGGAAAGAACAAUGAAACUGUAAACAAAGUGGUGCUCAAAGCAGGCGAGGUGGUGACUCAUUCUGCAAAACGCAACCGCUCGCCUCGCAGCAAAGAUUUAACUGACAACAAGUAUGGUUAACUAAUGCUAGCCCUGAUGAGUCACAAUGGAGGACAUAGUAAAACAUGCAAUUGUUGCAUUUGUGGUGGAUAAACAUGAGCGGUAUGUAGCUGAAUUUAGCCCAAUAGUUGUUCCUGUACGUUAUAUUUUUUUAAGUUGUGAAAAUGGUUAUAAACUAUUAAACAGUUAAAUAUUAAACAUUUAGAAAAUUGAUAUCUUCUACAAAAAUGUAUUAGAAUAAGGUUGAUACAGAUUUUUUUUAUGAUAUUAACUUUGCAUUUUUACAAUUGCGAAAUCAUCUUUUUUUUAGUUCCCCUUUGGUGGACAAACUCAAUAUCACAUGCUGACAAACAAUCUCACAAACGAAUAUGGAGGGUUCCUAAAUUACCUCAAGAUGUUUUUAGCAUGUCAGUUCUAUAUAAAAAAAGGCUUGUUUAUCACCAGAUAUGUCUGCUGAUAAUACUAAGUGGCAAAUUAAGUUUCUAGUGCCAAAAGGUGCAAUUCCUCAAAUAGCCACUUGAGGCUCCAAAAGCGAGUAGCAGUAAUAAAAACUCGACAGCUACUUUACCCACUCAGGACACCUACAGGUGUGCCUAAUGUCCCAUUCUCAACCUUUUGAAUUAUAUAAAGGUUUAACGUUAUACAGAAUUGAGUGCGUCAGCUCCACUUUAACCAUUUAUGAAUUAGCCAGGAGUUAGAAGGAGUCCUGCUGAGCUUUAAAAGCACACUUCAGGAAACCUGCGGGGUGACGUCAGCCGGGGGUCAUCCAUCUUUAUCUACAGUCUGCGGUCCAUAACGAUAAAUCUGCCAGGAGCCAUCAUCCAUUACAUCGGUCCGACUGAUUUAUUGGUCAAGCUCCGCAAAUAAUCUAAACAUGAUGAAGGGUCUCAUGUUUACCAAGGACAUCAGUGAGGCCAUUUUUCCAAUACGAACCCAACUCCAAGAAGUUGUUGCAAAUAGGUAGCAGUGUAUAAAGAAUGGAUGUAAGCAACACUCGUAACGCUGUUUAUGGACGUUUUCCGUAAAAUAUUACUUUCAGGAUUAAGUGACACGAUGUGUAGGGGACGGCCUGUGAAUGUGAAUGCGUGAAACGGUGCAGCUGCAGUUGAUCCGAUGGGAUGAAUAAUGGAGCGCUCUGAGGCGAUCGUGUAUCGCACAGUAAACGUCUCACCUUCGUAGCUCGAAUGCCAGGUGUCGCUUCACUCGCGUCGCCCCGGAGUGGACUCGAUGAGCUCCGAGGGCGCGGUGUUGAUGAUAGCUUGUGGGGCUGUGUAAAUCACCUUUUCCACUAAUUGUCUCCAGAUUUCUCUUCAGCGUGCGACACAGUCACACUCGGCCCCCCAACACUUUUCUUUUUUUCUUUUUUUUCCUUCGUCUGUUAAAUCUGCUCCAUGUUGUGAAAUGACAAGCUUCCUUGGUAGGUUGCUACGUCGCUGCCCCUCGCCUGCCCACAGGUAACCGUUUGAAACCGUUAGAACCGUUUAUUCUGGGGAUUUUAAAGGCAAGGGGCCGACGCUAGUGGUGCCACCUCUGUUGUACACGGAUGGAUCAAUUUAAAGCAGCCACAUUUACCCUUAAAGACACAAAAACGACAACAAGAUGAGAAAAUCGUCAGGAAAGACAUGCUUUAAUCCUUUAACUUUUUGGCAUUCUACCAGCGUUGCUUGUCAUUUUUCACAUCGCUAAACCUAGUGGCGCGAGCUGAAUGUGAUCGAACACUUGGAAACCUUCAUCCAAAGGCUUGGCUGUCAAAAAACAAAUGUGAGCUCAUGGACAUUGAUGCAAGGUUUUACAAAUAAUGUCAUUAAAAUGUCAUAAUUGUA